ACAGGCUGUAGGGCUCAACUGUCCCCUCCUCUGUGUGAUAUUGAAUUGACUUCAUCAAAGCACAACUUUAGCUGGGGACAGUCCUCACUGGCUUCCAGACUGUCAUCGGUUUCACGAUGGAUUCUCUCAUUGCAGCAAACACCAAAUUUUGCUUUGAUCUUUUCCAAGAGAUCAUCAAAGUUGAUUGUCAUAAAAACAUCUUCUUCUGUCCUCUGAGCCUCUCGGCUGCCCUUGGCAUGGUUCGACUGGGGGCCAGAAGUGACAGUGCACAUCAGAUCGACCAGGUACUGCACUUCGAUGAAUUUUCCCAGAAUGAAAGCAAAGAACCUGACCCCUAUCUGAAAAGCAACACGCAAGCGCUGGUUGACAGCUCUCUGGAAGUGCAGAAAGAAACAACAGGGUCUCUGACUCUGCAGACCGAGUCUUCAGGAGAUGAGUGUGCACUGCUCAGCUGCUGCUUCGGGCAGCUUCUCAGCAAAUUAGACAGGAUCAAAGUUGAUUACACCCUGAGUAUUGCCAACAGGCUUUACGGAGAGCAGGAAUACCCCAUCUGUCCGGAAUACUUAGAUGGUGUGAUUAAAUUUUACCACACGACGAUUGAAAGUGUUGAUUUCUGGAGAGACACUGAAAAGUCCAGACAAGAGAUUAACUUCUGGGUUGAAUCUCAAUCCCAAGGUAAAAUCAAGGAACUCUUCAGCAAGGACGCUCUUACCAAUGCGACCGUGCUGGUGCUGGUGAACGCUGUUUACUUCAAGGCCAAAUGGGAAAAAUAUUUUGACUGUGAAAACACAGUUGAUGCAUCUUUCUCUCUAAAUGAGAAUGAAAAGAAGACUGUGAAGAUGAUGAAUCAAAAGGAUCUAUUUAGAAUUGGCUUCAUAGAGGAGCUGAAGGCACAGAUCCUUGAAAUGAGGUAUAUCAAGGGGGAACUCAGCAUGUUCAUCCUGCUGCCAUCUUGCUCUGCAGAUAACGUGAAGGGCCUGGAAGAGCUUGAAAGGAAUAUCACCUAUGAAAAAUUAGUGGCCUGGAGCAGUUCAGAAAAUAUGUCAGAAGAAAGAGUAGCUGUCUCCCUUCCCCAGUUCACCCUGGAAGACAGCUAUGAUCUCAAUUCUAUUCUACAAGACAUGGGCAUCACGGAUAUCUUUGAUGAAACAAAGGCUGAUCUGACAGGAAUCUCUCGAAGUCCCAAUUUGUACCUGUCCAAAGUUGUCCAUAAAACCUUUGUGGAGGUGAAUGAAAAUGGCACACAGGUAGCUGCAGCCAGUGGAGCUGUCGGCAUGGAAAAGGGCACACCAUCCUGGGUGACGUUUAAUGCCAAUCAUCCUUUUCUCUUUUUCAUUAGACACAACAAAACCCAAACCAUUCUCUUCUAUGGCAGGGUCUGCUCUCCUUGAAAGGAGCACACUGUCUAAUACUUGGGAGCUGGAAGAAAAUGGCAAUGUAGUCUUCCCCUGGUAUAACAUGGGAAUUUGCAUUUUUGCUAAUAUCUAAAGCUGGCUGAAUCCCAUCACAGCUCCAGGCUCCCUUUCUCCAGCCAUUGGCCAGCACUUGUCCUGAUCUUUCUCUCACCCUGUAGGUGAUUUUCAUCUAAGUCCGUUAGUAUCAAAAGACCCUUGCUCCCUCCCUAAACUUUCACCACCCUAAGCUUUCAAGCAUAUAAAUUCACCCUCUGUGACCUGAAGGUUGACAUAAUUGAGAAUCAUAUUGACUAUAAGUUACCUACCUCCUUAUGAGGGAAUUCUGAAAGUUCAAGUCAUUCGACCACUUCUAGGAGAUGGCAAACUCAGAAUGAACAUGGUGGCUAGAGAAAAUGUUUAAAUGGAAUGUGUUUUGGAAACUCAGCUAUGAAAUAUGGGAGUUAAAAUCAUGGCCCAUCAUUGGGCAACAUAUCUUGCCUCUUCUUCUUCCACCAUCUUUAACUGCGGGGAAGAUGUUCUGUGAGGUGCUUCCUUACUUGGGAGAAAGUAGGGCUUGGGGUGGAUUUAGGUGAUAGUUCAAGGAUGUAGGACUGCCUCAGCCAGCACUCACUUUCACAGAGCAGGAGAAUGGUAUUUGUCUUGAGAAUUUGACAUUGACCCAGUAGACUGGCAAGUGGAUUUAAAAGAGAUUAGUCUCAGUUUUCCUUAUUGAGUCUCCUAGGGCAUCAGCAUGAAGCACUUCCCUCUGUCUCUUCCUCACACUCUUCCUCAGAGAAUUCUCACCUGUAGUUACUCCUAAAUAUUCCAAAUGUGAGGUGGGAGAGAAGCACUGCCCUCACUGUGGACCACUGGGCUCCUCAUUCCCCUCUCUCUGUACUCUGGCCACAUGGACCUAUUUGUCCUUCCAGAGGCCUCAUGCUUGGUCGUGUCCUGAGAGUAGGCCUGAGCUUGGGCAUGAUGCACGUGGAAAUCCUUGUCAGGAAGGCUGUUGGCUUCAUAUCAAGCUCUAGUCUACUGAAAGCCUGAUGCUGGAGUGUUCAAGACUCUAGGACCUGGGACCUUUGUUCUCUGAAAUGUGGGUCUGAGUUCUUGAUCUCUGCCUUAGCUGAAUGCUCUGGAAUGACCACUGACAUGCCUAACUGGAGGAAUUGGUCAGUCUCUCUUCUGUGGAGGUGAAUUUCUGGUCUUGGUUGUAGCCCGGUUUCUCUGCCCUGCCCUAAGACAGUCCUCCUCCCAGUUGCCACUGUGUUGGUUAAGUGUGGCUGUAGCCGUUUUUGCAGGAGAAGGUAGGUAAACUUCACCUGCUCUCAUGCUGGCUGCCUCCCCCCAGUUCUCCUCUACACUAGCGUUUUCUUUGUGCUGUGAGAGAGAAGUUCCACAUUCUUCGUACAAACUUCUCAUUGUCGAAGCUUGUUUAUGGUAUAAAAAAUUUCUCAUUGGUAAUAUGAAGCAGUUCGAAGCAGUUCUUCUAAGUUUUUUACCCAGAAUGCAUGUCCCAUGGGUCAAAUUUAUCUCAGAUAAUCAAAUACUUAGUCUCUCCUAUGGUACCUUUUGGGGUUGACGUUUUGAGGGCUGAUUCCAUGCUGAUGUGGCAUCAUUGCUGGGCACUGAGGUGGGUAACUGUGACCUAUAUAUAGGUCUGGCAUUGAAUGACAUUGCUUAUGUUCUAAUGCUUUUCCUUGAUAAACACAUUUUCUCAUUUUUAAUGGGAUUUUUCAGAAUUUUAAUCACGAGGGGAAAAUGUAUCUAUUUACAGUAAUGAGAAAGAAUGAGAUUCUUAAAUCUUUCUAUAAAUCAGUAAACAUAGUCUUUACUAAUCUUUGAUUGAUUAAAAUGUUUCUUCUUAGUGAAUAAAGCACUUUUGUCAUGAGUUA